AUGCCCCCUACUAUGGAAAACGUUAAGGCAAUAACCACACGAGGAGGUAAAACUACUCAAGAUCUGCCUUAUCCUAACCAUGUCAAUAUAAAGAAGGCAAGCUCGGUGGUAGAAGAACCACCUUGGGAGGAGGAAUCCAAGAAGGUUCAAGAAGGGAAGACGGCUUCGCAUGAAUUUUAUGAUACUCAAGUAUUGCCGUUCCCUAUGAGGGCAAAUAAGUUGAGUACAGAUGAGCAGUUCAGCCGCUUUGUUGAAAUGAUACAACAAGUGAACAUCAAUGUACCUUUGAUGGAUGUAAUGAAGGUUCCGACCUAUGCUCGCUACAUCAAGGACAUAAUCAACAACAAGCGACCGCUGCCAACUACUGAAGUAAUCAAGCUCAAUGAGGCAUGCAGUGUAGCUAUACUUCAACAAAUACCCGAAAAGAAGAAGGAUACAGGAUUCCCAACUAUCAAAUGUUCGAUAGGGGCACAUGACUUCGACAAAAGCCUUAUGUGA